AUGUCAGUGAACAUCGUGCAAGUAGAGAAUGGUCGUCCGAGACUCGAGCCCGGAGAAAUUAUCAAGUACAAGUCACACAGCUCACGUCAACAAUUGACAAUCAGACUGAAAUCGAAGGAUGCUUCGAUUAAGAUCAACAUUGAGGUCCUGGAGGGUCAUGUGUAUGUCACGAACCAGAGAUUACUCUAUGUUACAGCAUCUGAUGCUUCCAGGGGCGAUAUAGAGUCGUUCAGUAUAGUUUUCAAGCAACUCCCAUUGCUAAACUUCUCUCAUUCUUUGAAGUCAGGUUGGUUUGGAGCUAACUACUGGGAGUUCAUGAUUCUAAGUCCCGAAGAAGGUAUAUGUGAUGGUUUCCCCAAGGAACAGUACUACGUUGGCCUGAUAACGUUUAAAGAUGGUGGAAUGUAUGAUUUCGGAGGCAUCCUCAAUGUGGCUCUUAACGAUGCUGUCAAUAAUCCCCAAGUUGAUGACGAGUUACCAAGAUAUUCUGAGCUCUAG